GUUUCUGCUCUUCUUCUUUCCCGUCCCCUGCAACUUCCCGAAAGCCCCUCCAAGCCGCCAGCACCAGCCUUGAGAAACCUGUAGGAAAAGCUUGGUUUUGCCUUCCUUUUCUUGUUCAAAAACCAAAUUUGGAGCCUUGAAACCUUCCCCCCUCUCUGCAGAAAUUCGGAUCUGCCUUGCUCUGCUCCUCACCGUCGGCUGCUCCUGCUUUGUGGGGGUGAAUUGCUUUGAUUUUCUGAUUGCGUGAAUUGCCCCUACACUUGCCGCCGGCUUCUGCCCCUGCCAAGUCCGGUUCUGCAGCUGGAAAUUCUGGUAUGUUGACAGCUCCUCCAAGCUUGAAAUCUCGUUAAUUGGUUGCUGAAUUUUGUCCAUUUAAUUUGCUGCCUUGUGAUGUCCGAAUUUGGCUGAAAAAUGGGGAUGAAUUUCGGUAACUUAAGUUAUGUUUUAAGCUUGGUUUAGGUAGAGAAAUUAGCUUGAUUAUGGGUGCUGUGAUUUUUGGAGAAAAUCCCGUGAGAAUAGGCUAUGGUUUUGCCAAUUUUGGAAGUUGGAGUACUGUUCAUGCGUGAUUACUGUUCACCGGCACUGUUUAUGGGUUCUUGAUCAUUCUGUCAGUUUAGCACUAAGAUCGAGUCUUCGAUUUUAUGCGAAUUGAGGUAAGUAAAUUUAUGCCUGUUUUGUCUCUGAUGUGGUCAUGUUAUUAAUGACCCUGCUAGUGGGGGUUAAACGCUAGCACAUGUCGACAUGUUAGUGAUAAAGCCGGUUUGUACGAGUGACCUUGCUAGUGGGGAUUAUACACCAGCAAAUAGUGUGUCUACCAGUGGGAGGUUUAUAACACUGGCCAUGACCUAUAGAGGAGAUGUCUAUUUCAUUCUCAUAUUGUAUCCGUUUUUCAUGAUUACACUUGUUGGCAUGCUAUAAAUUUAAUUAAGAGCUAUUCAUAUUUUACUUACUGAGUUUAUCUCAUAGUUUUUCCUUGUCCACUAUUUCAGGAAGUGAAACCGAGGACGGGGAAAUCACGGGCAGUGACGAGUUAGAAGGCUAGCCAUAUUGUAAUUGGAUAUGAAAUUUUAGAUAUAAAUCAUGAUUUUGUAAGCUAGAGUGUAUUUGGAGAUUUUAUGAUAUGAGAACCAAUUUUAUAAUUUUUACUUCAGAUUUUGUGAUUUCCUAUUGAAAGACUUGUUGUUGGCCGCCUAUCCCUUGCCCUUUUGGUCUUGAGUCUCCAUCUUCUGUUCCUCCAUAUCUUACUCAAUUAUUUAAGCUAUGGCUAAGACUUCAUCAUAGGUCUUUAGCAUUUAAGGAACCACCUUGUUCCCAAUGGAAGCUUUCAACCCUUUUUGAAACUUCCUUGCCUUCCUAGCUUCAUCAUUAACAAAGUAAGGAGCAAACUUCAGAAGAGAAUUGAACUUAGCUUGAUAUUCAUCAACAAUCAUGUCAUCUUGCUUCAAGUUCAUAAACUCUAGUUCUUUCCUCUCUAAAAUAGCUUCAGAAAAAUAUUUUUGAUAAAAGGCCCAAACAAACUUGUCCCAUUUGAUCUCCUCCCCUGUCUUAGUGAACCCAUCUUGAACACCUAUCCACCAAUCAUUAGCUUCACCCUCUAAUUAAUGUGAAUAUUGCCAACUCCACUUUUUGCUCAUCAGUACACUUCAAGAGCUUGAACAUCUUUUCUAGUUUUUUAACCUAAGACUCAGCCACAUUGGGAUUAGGAACUCCCUUGAAGUUGGACCCGAUUUUGCUCUUCUUCUCGCUGCAGCGACCCGAGGAAAAAAAAAAAGGGAAACCCAACCAUGCUUGGAAAAUUGAAACCGGAUCUGCUCUGCUUUGCUCUGUCCGCCGGCUGCUCUUGUUGUGGGGGCGAAUUGCUUGGGUUUUGGGUAAGAAACAGCCAUUAAAUCCCUUUGUUUUUCCUUGAAGUGGUUUGGGUUUACUUUAAUUGCUCUUGUUCCUCCAAUUUUUGGGUAAAUCCGUGAGUUUCUCCCCUGCACUGCCGCCGGCUUCUUCCCUUGCCAAGUCCGGUUCUGCAACUGGAAAAUUUAUGGUAGGUUGGCUUCUCUAAUUCUCGAAAAUUGGUUGAUUAGUGGCUGCUUUGUGAUGUCUGAAUUUGGCUAGAAAAUGGGGAUGAAAUUGAUAGUAAUUAGACCAUGAUUUAGCUUAAUUCAAGUGGGAUUUAUGUCAUUGAGUGUUAAUUGCUUGUUGUGAUUUUUGGAGAGAAAAUCCUGUGGAAUUAGCUAGUGUUUUGGCCAAUUUGUGAAAGUCGGGGUUACUGUUCACGUCAGGGUACUGUUCACGGGUAUUGUUCACCAACACUGUUCACACCCUGAGGGCCAACAGUUAACGGGGAUUUAAGUGAUCAGUUUGUGAUAUAAGAACGAAUUUGGAGAUAUUUGAUCAUGUGGAGAUUGAUAGAAAUAGCAUUGUGAUUAGGAAUGAUCCUAAUGAUGAUUUCAGCUUGAAUUUGUGAUAGUUCGGUAUUAAUUCUGAGGUGUUUUGAUUAGGUUCCCGAUCGUUCUGUCAGUUAGUGUGUGAAUUGAGUGCUCGGUUUUAUGCAAGUGAGGUAAGUAAAUUUAUGGUAAUGCCCGUACUGUUUUAAAAGCAUGUUUUGAUUUGUUUUGA